GUUAUCACGCUCCAUAUUAAUGCCAAGUGAAAAAGUGAUAUUUCUUACUCUUUACAAUGGGGACAGAAUAAAGUUUUUAUCUCAAAUUAUGGAUUAACAUUUAACCCGAUUCAGUGACGUGAUAUAUUUGUGUCUCAAAAUUUACCCAUUUGGAUUUUUAUUAUUAUAACGAAUGAAGAUGUUGGCUGUGAAGAAUUUUUUCCUCCCGGGUGAUCGGAAAAGCGUUCAGGAGCCGCCGCGGUUUUCGCGGAUGCCUGAGACGUUAAUGCGUUCGCUAAGGCGCCGGUCUUUGCGCGUCAAACGCACCAAAUCGCUAGUCUUGCAUGAGAAGAGAAAGUCUGAUUCUUUCGUGAAUAGCCAAGAAUGGACCCUUUCAAGGGCUGUGCCCGAUUUGAGAUUGGGCAUCGUGGGUUCUCUGAGCUCUGGUAAAUCGGCGCUGGUUCACCGAUAUCUGACCGGUAGCUAUAUGCAGGAAGAAUCUCCUGAAGGCGGUAGAUUUAAGAAAGAGAUUUUAGUCGAUGGACAAAGCCAUCUGCUACUUAUUCGAGACGAAGGUGGACCACCCGAAGUACAGUUUACAUCAUGGGUGGAUGCUGUAAUCUUCGUAUUUAGUUUAGAGAACGAAGCCAGUUUCAAUGCGAUAUACAAUUAUUUUACAAAAAUGGCCUAUUACCGAAAUACUUCGGAGAUUCCUUUGAUAUUAGUAGGAACACAAGAUGCUAUAAGCGAAAAUAAUCCACGUGUAAUUGACGAUGCUAGAGCACGAAAAUUGGCAGCUGAUUUAAAAAGAUGUUCUUACUAUGAAACUUGUGCAACAUACGGGCUCAAUGUAGAGAGAGUUUUCCAAGACGCUUGCCAAAAAAUUGUACAGCAACGCCUUUCCUCAAGUUCUUGUUUAACGCCAACAAAUUCUAGACCUGAGACACCAAACAAUCAUUUUCAUUUAUCAUCAAGUCGUCUUGCAAGUCAUCCUGUGGCACCCUCUCCCACGAAUGGAUUUAGUUCUUCUACUGGGUCACCUGCGUCAAAUACACUAAGCAGUGCAUCUCCAAGUCAUAACAAUCAUAUUUUAUCAAAUAAGCAUCACACUUUAUCGGCUUCGACACAUCAUUUGCAUCGGAAUUCUGAAAAUAAUCAUAAACUAUCUUCUUGUGAUUUGAUUGUUUCUGAACAAUGUGGCAAAUGGUCUAAUACAUUGAAUCAUGGAUCAUCACAAACCCUUAUGAGUAUAGCAACUGAAAACAACAAUAUUGCAAAAUUUGCCACGCCUCAAUACCUUGACAAUUUACAACCUCCGCAUAAAGAUUCCAAAGAUCUUACAACCCCGAGUUCUACACCAACGACAUCUAGAAAAAGUCGAAGGAGAAGUAAUUUAUUUACACCUUCAAAAAAAGGUGAAGAUAAAUUGAAAGGUAGUGAAUUAGGUAGUGGAAGAGCUAUUCCAUUGAAGCAGGGAUAUUUGUAUAAAAGGAGCAGUAAACCUCUUAAUAAAGAUUGGAAGAAGAAGUAUGUUACAUUAUGUGACGAUGGUAGAUUAACAUACCAUCCCAGCCUACAUGAUUACAUGGAUGAUGUUCAUAGUAAGGAAAUAUCUCUGCAGUAUGUGACAGUUAAAGUUCCUGGCCAAAAACCAAGGGGUUCUAAGUCAAUUAUCACAACUAUUGGUAAUCAUCAUAUGAACAAUGGUCAAUGUGCAAUCAAUGAAGGAAUAGGAGGACUAUCAAUAGCAAAUAAAAGAAUCACAGAUAGGGUUAUGUUGACGUCAAUGGAAGCUUUAAGAGAUACUUCUCUUCAAGUACCUCGAACAAGUAUCACACCUAAUAAUGAUGAUAGCUCGAUGCCUCCUCCUCAACAAAAUGGCAGUAGUGAUAAUAGGUUAGAAACACCACAAGUAAAGAAGAGGCACAGACGAAUGAAAAGUAGUGGUGUCAAGAAUGAACUUGAUGAUGGCGACUCUUAUGAAUUUUAUAUUGUGUCUCUUGAUAACAAGCAAUGGCAUUUUGAAGCCGCUAAUCCUGAAGAAAGAGAUGAAUGGGUCUCAGCAAUUGAACAACAAAUCCUGAACUCUCUUCAAGGAAAUGAGACUUCAAAAGCUAAGUUGAGAUUGAAUAAUCCUAAUGAAAUCUCUUCCAUUUGCUCCAUCAGAUCAAGAGUUCCAGGGAAUAGUGUGUGCGCAGAUUGUGAUGCGCCAAAUCCAGAUUGGGCUAGUUUAAAUUUAGGUGUACUUGUUUGUAUAGAAUGUUCAGGAAUUCAUAGGAAUUUAGGUUCACAUAUCUCAAGGAUACGAUCAUUGGAUCUAGAUGAAUGGCCACCUGGCCAUCUAAGUGUGAUGUUAGCAUUAGGAAAUACUCUAGCAAAUUCAAUAUGGGAGAGCAAUAUUCAAUCUAAUUACUAUCACAAGCCUUCACCGACUUCAUCAAGAGAAGAAAAAGAAUCAUGGAUUCGUAACAAAUAUGAACACAAGAAGUUUUUAGCGCCAAUCAAUCAGAAUGCAUCAAUAGGUCAACAAUUAAUUGAUGCUGUUUGUCGAGUGGAUAUGAAAGCUAUUGCAUUGUUAUUGGCUCAUGCUAAUAGUGAUCAAGUUAAUGCCACGGUGGGAACUAGGGACCUGAGAACUCCAUUACAUUUAGCUUGUGCUUUAGGGAACUUGGCUAUUGCACAACUAUUACUCUGGCACAAUGCAGAUGUAAAGCUUCUGGAUCACGAUGGUCGAAGUUGUUUACUAUAUUCCCGUGCAGCAGCUUCUCUCGCAGCUGCCAAUUCUCAAAAUAUAACUGGCAUAGAGACAACUUCUGCUCUGGUUGAUUUGCUCUCCAUGCAUGGAUGUCCAGAACCUGUCGCACAUAUGCCAGCUCCGAAUAGUGGAACUUUACCUAGACGCUGUGAUAAUGUCUGCUCUCACUAAAAUAUCAUUUCGAUACACAUUUUGUGGAAUGUGUGCACUGAUUGAUUUAUUGUUAUACUUUAUUAUAGUAGGUUUUAUGGAUUACUAGUAAAUUCAUUUUUUGGGAGUCAUAUAUUAUAGCUUCAGAAUGUUGAUAAAGUCAAACUCUAUCUAUGGAAAGUUAAGGCUGUUAUUUUGUGAAGCAAUAUCAUCUUGUUGAAAACAUUUCAAAUUUAUGACCCCAUUAAGAAGCUUGUAGACCGUAAUGAAAUAGUGAUAUUAAAUUU